UCGACAUUUGAACAUUGAAUUGGAUAUGACUGAUGAUCGACAUUUGAACAUUGAAUUGGAUUGUUUUUACAAACACUGCCUUAACGUUCUUGCUUUUAAUUUUAAGAAAUGUUUGAUUUUCUAUUCGAAAGAAUGGCAGGAAUAUUAUUUAGGGAGUUUAGAGGGACAAAAAUAUGACUGUUAUUUCUCUGGACAAAAAGUGACCCGUGUUCGCUUCUCUCUUUUCCCCUGUGCCAUACCCAUCCUCUCUGCGCCUUCACCAUACAAAUUAAAGCUCUCAUCUGCGCCUUUUCUUCUCCCCACAGAGAGCUCUCCUUCCCUCAGCCUUUUCUUCUCCCCUCCACUGAUCGACAACGCUCUUCGCCGCCAUAUCCCCAUAGAGCCUCCCCUUCUAUUUCUUCAUUUUUCUGUCCGAUUUUGGGAGAGGUGAACAACUGCACGAUUCUUCGUUGAGGAUUGACGCUGGUGUGGAGCGGUUGAGAAUUGACGUCUCUAUAGAUCAAUUCAUCAUCGUCCUUGAUGGAUACUUGAACGGAUAGAUUUCCAGAUCUAAUUUCCGGUGGCUAGGGUUGGGCGAAAGGGCGAUUGGGUACAGCUACGACAAGUCGCGGACGGCGUUGGGCUAGUGAUGGGGGUAAGGGGGUUGCGAAGCUGGGGCGAGGGAUGCGAGGCUGUGAGGCGGUCUGCGAGGGCCUGGACAGAGGAAAUGGACUGGAGAGUGGUUGUGACAGGGGCUUAGAGGGGGCUAGGGGCCACGGGCUGGAGGUUGGAGGUUGGGGAGUCAAGUCGGGCUGGGGCAGUGGUCGUUGGUGGUGGUCGGCGGUGUUUGGUAUGGCGGUGGUGUUGGUCCCUGGGCAGUGGCGGUGGCCGGCCGGAGUAGUGGUGGCGACUGUGGCAGGGAGGGGCAGUGGAGAGGGCGCAUGUGUGGGGCGAUUCGGCAGCGGGCACCGGGCUGGAUGGCAGUUAGCCACUUGUUUUGGGGUGCUAGGUGGGGGAUGAGAGGGCGGUCUAUGAGAGAAACAUACCAGUUUGAUGUUCACUAGCCGGCCGUGCAUGUCACUAUUUUUCGGAAAAAGUCUCCUAAAAAUUUUCCAGCAAUCAUAGUGACACGAUUUACGGCAACAGUGACGGCCAAAAGUGACACGAAAGUCGAUAGUGACAUUCAAAAGUGACAUAGAAAUCUGGAAGGGACAUAUGAAAUGACAUAAAACUUUGAUAGUGACAUUAUGUUUUCCAACUAUAUGACUUUCUUAGUCAUAUUUUUGUCUUUUUUCAAAAAUAGUCACAUUUUUGAUAAUUGACUUUAAAUUAGUAAUAUUGAACCCUUUCUA